AUGGAGGUAAUUACACCGGAGUUAGUCGACCACAUCGGUUUAUUACUUCUUGUUAGUUCCAAGAGUCUUGUUAAACAAAUCUGUGGGCAGUAUGUCUCGUUCAAACCGACACUGGUUAUGCCACCAUUGAUUUCUGCAGAAACAAUCACCCCUGGGAACCAUGCGUAUGUACGUGAUACCUGCGAGAAAACAAAUACGCAACUGACGCGAUCUUAUCAUUCAAUACUGCCGAAGUUUUGCCUAACGUAUCACCUGAAUUUAUGUGCUAUCGAUAAUUUCGAUCAUGUGACCAUGAAAAUGCAGUUUUGGACUUCUUUAAACUCGGUGCAGAAAGAAUUAUUCGGAAAUCUAUUUACG